GCCAGCGGUGCCGAGCGCAGCUGGACGAGUGGUGGCAGCUGGGCGAGUGACAGCCGCAGCUAGGCGCGCCAGGCGGCCAGAGCUGCGCAGGGACGCGCCCCGGCUCCGCGGAACCAGCUGCCGCCUUCUUCGAGACUCCCAGCCGCAGCCGGAGCCCCACGCCCCGGGCUAUCCAUCGUGGGCUCCCGCGCCCCGCGCGCAAGAUGGCUGACCCGGCUGCGGGGCCGCCGCCGGCGGAGGGCGAGGAGAGCACCGUGCGCUUCGCCCGCAAAGGCGCCCUUCGGCAGAAGAACGUGCAUGAGGUGAAGAACCACAAAUUCACCGCCCGCUUCUUCAAGCAGCCCACCUUCUGCAGCCACUGCACCGACUUCAUCUGGGGCUUCGGGAAGCAAGGAUUCCAGUGCCAAGUCUGCUGUUUUGUUGUGCACAAGCGUUGCCAUGAAUUUGUUACUUUCUCCUGCCCAGGCGCUGACAAGGGUCCAGCCUCUGAUGACCCCCGGAGCAAACACAAGUUUAAAAUCCACACUUACUCCAGCCCUACAUUCUGUGACCACUGUGGGUCGCUGCUGUACGGACUCAUCCACCAGGGCAUGAAAUGUGACACCUGCAUGAUGAAUGUACACAAGCGCUGCGUGAUGAACGUCCCCAGCUUGUGCGGCACAGACCACACGGAACGCCGAGGCCGCAUCUACAUCCAGGCGCACAUCGAGAGGGACGUCCUCAUCGUGGUCGUAAGAGAUGCUAAAAACCUUGUACCUAUGGACCCCAAUGGCUUGUCAGAUCCCUACGUGAAACUGAAACUCAUUCCUGACCCCAAAAGUGAGAGCAAACAGAAGACCAAAACAAUCAAGUGCUCCCUCAACCCCGAGUGGAACGAGACAUUCAGAUUCCAGCUGAAAGAAUCGGACAAAGACCGGAGGCUGUCUGUGGAGAUUUGGGAUUGGGAUCUGACCAGCCGGAACGACUUCAUGGGAUCUCUGUCCUUUGGGAUUUCUGAACUGCAGAAAGCUGGUGUUGAUGGCUGGUUUAAGCUGCUGAGCCAGGAGGAGGGCGAGUAUUUUAACGUGCCUGUGCCACCAGAAGGAAGCGAGGGCAAUGAGGAACUGCGGCAGAAAUUUGAGAGAGCCAAGAUCGGCCAGGGAGCCAAGGCUCCAGAAGAAAAGACGACCAACACCACAGCCAAAUUUGACAACAAUGGGAACAGGGACCGGAUGAAGCUGAGUGAUUUUAACUUCCUGAUGGUGCUUGGGAAAGGCAGCUUUGGCAAGGUCAUGCUCUCAGAGCGCAAAGGCACAGAUGAGCUCUAUGCCGUGAAGAUCCUGAAAAAAGAUGUUGUCAUCCAAGACGAUGAUGUGGAAUGCACCAUGGUGGAGAAGCGUGUGCUGGCCCUGCCUGGGAAGCCGCCGUUCCUGACCCAGCUGCAUUCCUGCUUCCAGACCAUGGACCGCCUAUACUUUGUGAUGGAAUACGUGAAUGGAGGUGAUCUCAUGUACCACAUCCAGCAGGUUGGCCGGUUUAAGGAACCUCACGCUGUAUUUUAUGCUGCAGAAAUUGCCAUCGGCUUAUUCUUCUUACAGAGCAAGGGCAUCAUUUACCGUGACCUAAAACUUGACAACGUGAUGCUAGAUUCUGAGGGCCACAUCAAGAUUGCUGAUUUUGGCAUGUGUAAGGAGAACAUCUGGGAUGGGGUGACCACCAAGACGUUCUGCGGCACUCCAGACUACAUCGCCCCUGAGAUAAUUGCUUAUCAGCCCUAUGGGAAGUCAGUGGACUGGUGGGCAUUUGGAGUCCUGCUGUAUGAAAUGCUGGCUGGUCAGGCACCCUUUGAAGGGGAGGAUGAGGAUGAACUCUUCCAGUCCAUCAUGGAACACAAUGUGGCUUAUCCUAAGUCCAUGUCCAAGGAAGCAGUGGCCAUCUGCAAAGGGCUGAUGACCAAACACCCAGGCAAACGUCUGGGUUGUGGACCUGAAGGUGAACGUGACAUCAAAGAGCAUGCAUUCUUCCGGUACAUUGAUUGGGAGAAACUUGAACGCAAAGAGAUCCAGCCUCCAUAUAAGCCGAAAUCUUGUGGGCGAAAUGCUGAAAACUUCGACCGAUUUUUCACCCGUCAUCCACCAGUCCUAACACCUCCUGACCAGGAAGUCAUCAGGAAUAUUGACCAAUCAGAAUUCGAAGGAUUUUCUUUUGUUAACUCUGAAUUUUUAAAACCUGAAGUCAAGAGCUAAGUAGAUGUGUAGAUCUCCGUCCUUCAUUUCUGUCAUUCAAGCUCAACGGUUACUGUGGUGACAUUUUUUUUCAUUUCAAAAUUGCAUUCAUGUUUAUUUGCUGAUGAGACUAGAGUGACCAUGUUCCAGAACUUCCAGAACCCAAAUGUCCUCAGGUAGUUUGGAGCAUCUCUAUGAGAUGGAAUUAUGCAGAUGUCAUGCUGAAAAUGCAUAAUUAACACAUUAUCUAAGUCCUCUUACAAUUAAUUUUCUCUGGCAUGUCAGCUAAGUAGAGCCAGCGGGGACGGAAAAUGCCUGCUUUCUUUUCCUUUGUUUCUGCACUGCCAUUUUUAUACAUUCUCCAACUCCUACCAUCCAAUCUAGAUUCUUCCUACCCAAUGAGUGGAUCAUCAGAUGCUAGCAGUGUUCUUCCACUUCUAGACCUGAAGCUUGGCCGCUCUCCAAGCAUAUGGUUGCUUUGACUUAGAGGGAAUUCCUCCAUCCUGCCUGGUUUGGAGGCACCAUAAGCUUUGAAAAGAAUGUGCUAAAAAUAAUUUUUUUUGUUUUUUUUAACUCAAAGUUAAGAAGAUUAUCUAAGCCCUUUUAAAAUUCCAAAAGUAUGCUUUUAGAUAGUUGUGAACUAAAAGCACCUCAAAAGGUCAAAAGGUAACCAGCUUGGGUGCUGCCUCAGUGCUUUCAUUUCUGGUCUUGUAUGUCCCUGAUCACCUUCAUCCCCAAACUACUUGAAAAGGCAUUUGGCCCCACUUCCUGAAAGGACAUGGUCACUCUAGCAAGGUCCCAAAGGACUAUGAUUUUACAUUACAUUUCAAACUUUAUUUGCUUUGGGGUUUUAUUUCUGUUGUUCAUAUGCAAAAGAAAUUCACUUUGUUAACACAUGCUCUGAAAUAAAUGUCCAAAUGUUACUAAUCACAAUGAUCAACUGAUUUACAAAGAAGACUGCUCUGGAGCCUAACGGACCCAUGCCUGAGCGGAUGGGGCUAGUCUAAGUUUGUUGUUGGCUUUGGAAAGCUAAUUAAGUACUCUGAGAAAGACAUAAUUUCUGGAAACAGUUGUACUCUUUGAUGUGGUUUUGCAAGAUGUUUGUGGAAAUGUUCAUUUGUAUCUGGAUAUGUGUUAUGUGCCAUUUUUCUUUUAGCAUCAAGAUACAAUAUUAAAAACAGAAGAAGAAAUGCUAUUUCAAGGAAAAUGGCUCUCUUUGAAAAAUGUCAACCCAGACUGCAAAAUGGGGUUGAGCCUCUCGAGGCUUUGAGACAGAAAGGACUAUACCCAGAGCUUAAUCUUAGCCCCAGUAUUCAGCCAGUCAGAGGGGUGGGGGCUGCAGACCAUUCAAGGAUUCUUGGUGGCCUGUAACAGGGCAGGGUGGGCUAACCAGGGGCCGCCAAUGAUAUCAGAACCCACAGCCCACAUUCAGGGGCCAGCUAGGAGCAUGGCCAGAGCUCUCAAUUUUCUUAUCAAAAUCACUACUCCUCUCAGCUUAGACUAAAUAUUCUUUCUAGCAAGCAUCUUUAUGAGCUCCCAGAAGCCCAAAAAAAGCCUUUGGGUGGGAGAAAUCCCAUUUCUAUCUAAACAAAUAAGGAUAGCAAGUGGUUCCCCAUCCUUAUCUCUAGCCUCAUGCUAUUCUCAGGCCUUAAGACAAUUCUUAUCACAAGUUGAGUGGUUCUAGAAGCUCAAGGGUUUCUAAGGCAUUAUUAAGGGAACUUAAAAAACUUGACAAGUAUCCUUGAAGUAAAAUUCCUCAUCUUUAAGAAAACCACAAUUUGGAUUUCUUGUCAUUUAAUCCUUUCUGUUCUCUUGCUUCUUCCCACUGCAGACUUUGGGGCCAUCUAGAAUAGCCUUUGUGGUAGCCAUCCAGACCUUAGGUAAAGCAAACUUGAAUUCCCAGAUGACAAGCUUAGGCAGUUAGAGAAGGAGGGGCAUUGGGGCAGAACCCCCUCACUUAACUGCUGGAGAAGCUGGCAUCUGGAGAGAGGAAGUGACUUGCCCAAGGUUAGAAGCUGGGAUGCAAACCCAGAUUUCCUGACACUCAGUGCAAGACUCUCACUGCUUUAUCACUGGGAUCUCUGGGCCAUGCCCACCAACAGGCAUGUUAGUUGAGGUCCUUCAACUGGCAUUUAGGUAACCGGGCCUUUCCUCAGAUACUCUCUCAGGAAGGUAAACACUAUUAAAAAACAUUGGGUGAUUGACAAAUGACCUGAGACAACUUUAGAGACCAAAGUAGUUAGGUAGGUAGGUAGGUAGAUGAUAGGUAGGAAGAAUAUACUGUAUGUAGAGGUCUGUCCAGAAGGUAUUCAGCCAUGUACUAUGAAAAAUAGAGAUAUUUAUUGAAGAAAAUACAAGAUACAAGAAACAUUAUACAUAGGACAGUGAUGACUCAGUCCCCUUCAGAGCAGGUACCUUGGGACCUCACAGUUCUCCCAAUUCCCAUCAGCUUGCCCCAUCAUAUUUUCCUGAAUCUCACCUAUGCUCUGAAAUCUCUUCCCUUUCAAAGGUAAUUUCAGUUUGGGGAAAGGCCAGAAGUUGCAGGGCGCCAAAAAGGGAUACAGGGGGCUGAGUCACUUGGGUGAUUUGUUGUUUUGCCAAAAAACUCUGCACGAGACGUGAUGCAUGAGUGUGUGUGUUGUGACGAAGUUGCCAAAUCACCAGUUGCCCAUAGGUGUAGCCUUCUGAUUAUCUAAAUUGUUUUCGCAGAAGAAUGUGCAAGCUUAAUGCAAAAUUUGAUGUAGAUUCAUUGCUCUACUCACUCAGUCAUUUUGAAUGGGAUGACCACACAGUACACAUGCUCACUCAACAGCAUCUACUGCCCCCACUGACUAGUAUAGUGAAGUUGUCAUUGUUUAUGCAUGUGCAUUCCAGUCGACUCUCCUUGGCUGCCAGGUUACAUUGAUGCCGCACAAACCAUUAUUGUUAUAGUAACAAUGGCUGGACUUUUUCUGGACAGACCUCAUAUACACUGUGCUCUGCAUUUUCCAAAUUGCUGCCAUUGUUUUCCAAAAGUUUGAUAGUUUUCAGAAAUAGAACUGAAGUUGAAGUUGCUGUUGCCCUAACACACCUUACUGAGGUUGGGCAGGGAAGCCUUCCAAUAAGGGGUCAUUAGUCAGAAUUUCUGCAGUUUCUUUUUUUAAUCAACAUUUCAAGUGCAGGGAAAAUGGAGAAAUAGAGCUUUCAACAUAGAUAAUUUCUGCAGAAUACUUUGAAAAUUUGUGGGGUUUUCAAGAUUUUAUUUAUUUAUUUUUAGAGAGAUGGGAAGGGAAGGAAAAGGAGAGGGAGGGAACUAUCAAUGUGUUAUUGCCUCUCAUGCACCCCCUACUGGGACCUGGCCUGCAACCCAGGCAUGUGCUCUGACUUGGAAUAGAACUCACAACCCUUUGGUUCGCAGUCUGGCACUCAAUCCACUGAUUCACACCAGGCAGGGUGGAAUACUUUGCAAAUUUGUUCAGGAAGAAAGAUUUUGAUUUAUUUUUGCCAUUAUGCAUGUAUUCUACCCUCCAUUCAUUCACCCAGCCAUCACUUAUUGAACAUCAACUAUGUGCCAGACCUAUGUUGUGUGCCAGGGACGCAUGAGGAGCCAUAAAAGAUACAAUCCAGGAGGGCAGGCAUCAAGCAAGUCAUUGAAAGCCUGGUGUGAUUUAGAGAUAAUUAGUCUCUGAGUUUGUCAGGGAAGGCUUCUUGUAGGAAAGAAAAAGUCCUCCAAGAUGUUCAGGGUUCCACUUUCUCUGUAGGCCACAGUUUGAGCUGAAGGAGAAGGCAUAGCAGUGUCCUGUUGACACUGAUUUCUGAGAAGGAAAGGCAGGACAGUUGCUAAGGUGGGUUUCCUUCGAGAAGACCAAAGGCACUAUCCCCAGGCCUAAACAGAACACAGAAUCACCACGGCUUUAGCAGAGACAGACACGUGUAUGGAGAGAGGGGCCUGGUUUUACAGUUUAGUUCUAAUUCCUGAGUCUCACCCCUUGGGGGUAUCGCUCAGAUCCCUUUCUGGCCCUCAGGGAAAUACUUUCCUUCCAGCACACUGCCCCUGGCUUGACACCACCUGCUGCUUCUAGAUGAGAUAACCUGUGAUUUUCCAAAAGAAUUAAAACUAGGGGAGAAUAAAAAACUUAAGAAAAGCUAAAACCCCUAAACAUAGUCCAUGUUAGCCAUGGCUAAUUGUCUACCGGGAUGCAAGACCUCUUUUCAUUUCUUAGACUUCUUAUUAACCUGCUCCUGUUCUGACAUAGCACCCUGAUCACAGUGACCUCCUUGGGAAAUUAACAGGAGGUCAGUGGAACUAAUAACUCUCCUUGGAUGAGUGCCACUGUUCUCGUGUGGCUCCAGAUACUAUCAACUCAGAAAGGAAUUGUCCCCACAGAGAGGCCCAUUCUCUCCCAAUUUCUAGGGUGAUAUUCAGGGUAUUUUCUAUGAGGAUCUAUCCACAGGACAAAAUCCACAAUGGCAAGUCUUAUUUAGACCACGUGGCUUUUUGAAACAUGAGUCAUCAUCAGCAUGACAAAUAGGAAGGGCUUUCCAAACUGGUGCUGGUGGAAAAGGACCCUCUGCUGGAAGCCCAGAGGCAGGGAAGAGUGCAUGGGGUCCAUGUUACCAGAGGAGACCUGGAAGGAUGCCAGAAUAACUAGAAUAGGAUUUUUGUUUGUUUGUUUGUUUGUUUGUUUGUUUGUAAGGCUGCCCUUACAGAUCUGACUUGAAGCUUUGGGUUUUGUUCCUUAUAGUUUGUUGACUAGAUAUGUGCUAUAGACAUCCUUGGAGAGACCCUUGGGCUGAUGAAGACCCACCAUCUAGUCUGUGGGUGCAUUUAUGAGCAUCCCAUGAAAGCCUAGAUUGCACCAGGGAAUGUAGGGGGACAGUGGUCAGUUCCUUUCAUUAAGCAGUGAUCCCAUAUCCCCACAUGCCACUCUGGUUUGGAGCUGAGUAGUUUGCCCUGUUCCCCUUGUUAAAGAAAGGGUUGUCCUAGCCACAGGGAUCACUUUUGAGUGGUUUUUCCCUGGGAUAUUCUGCCCAAUGACUAACUCUAUGGCAUUACACAUUGUGAGAAGUAGUGUGCAACUCAUUUCAUCUCAAAGCCAAAGAAAACAACCCCCCUCCUCCCCUUUAUGACAGUCCUCAGAGAAAUUCAAUGUCUGAUUUCCUUUCUUAGGAUAUUUCCACCAAGUUUUCUCUCCUGAAGCCAACAUAGGAUAUAAAGUGAAAGCUGAGGGGGUAGCAUGUGCAAUGCAGCUGCUCUGUCAGCGUGGGGCUACUGCUGACUCUGCCCAUGAGAGUUCAUCAGCUUCCCAAUGACUGGUGUGUCUCUGUCCUGCUUCCUUCUUCUUACUGUAUUAAUGUUUGCUUUUCAUUUGGCAGAGAGACAAGCGAGACACCUCCAACUUCGACAAAGAGUUCACCAGACAGCCUGUGGAACUCACGCCUACUGACAAGCUCUUCAUCAUGAACUUGG